CAACCUUGAUACAUAUUUAAGCGAUUUUAGAUCUAUAUAUAAGAAGACACCGGUCGUGGUAGUCAAGUUUGCAAAUUUCGUUAUGAAACGCCUAAUCUUAUUAUUGUGCUUUGCAUUUUGCGAAAAUGUGAAACUGCCGCCAAAUUUUCAAAAAUGCAAUCGAAAUCAACCCGACUUGAACCAAUGUUUACUACAAGCGGCCCAAAACGGCAUUUCUCAAUUGACUCGGGCUUACGAAAAAGUCAACAUCCCAAAUUUGAACCCUUUUGAAGUGCCUGAAGUGACGGUAGGGCAAGGAUCUGGAACGGUGGCAGUGGAUCAAAAUUUCAAAAAUUGCCUAUUUUCCGGUUUUCACAAAAUGAAAUUGGAUCAGUUUGAGUUUGAUUUUGAUAAGAAAAUUUUGCAUUUUGUUGGGACGUUCCCCGAUAUUACUAAAAAAUGCGAUUAUGAGUUAGAUGGAAAAGUCCUGCUUUUACCCAUCAGAGGAUCAGGGAAAAGUACCAUUGUUUUAGAAAAUUUGGAUGUCGAUCUUGUUUUCCAUUUCGAAGAAUACAAGAAAAAUGAUAAAACUUUUAUUAAAAUCACAUCAAAUGAGCUCAAAUUAGAGCCAGGACAUGUCACAUUUAAUUUUGAUAAUUUGUUCGAUGGUGAUAAGAGAUUAGGUGAUAACAUUAAUCACGUAUUAAAUGAUAAUUGGAAGGAAGUGUUCGAUGAUGUUAAAGCUGGUUAUAUUGAAGUUAUAUCGCAAAUUCUGAUGACUCUUUUUACCAAUUUCUUUGCAAAAGUGUCCCUUGAAGAGGCCUUAGACUAACAAAAAAUAGUUUUAGUGUUUUUUUUUUAUUUUUUAGAGUUUAUUAUGCAUUUGUGAAAUGGAAUUUGUUAAACUUUUAAAAUGUGAAGAUAAAAGUAAUUAAUAAAACAUUUAUGCAA